AUGUCCGCGGGGACUGCUGCUGCUGCUACUGCUCCUGGCAUGCCGGUGUUGCCUGCGAACCCCAUCGACUACCCCAUUAUGUUUGUGCGGCAGGACGAGGAGGAGGCGGCUGCGGUGCCACCCGUCACGCUCUUCACGGCGCUGCAGUGGCUACUGCCGGUGUUCCAACUCGCCGGAUGGCUGUCGAAGCACAUAGGCAGGGAGGGUGACCGCAGUGGCGCCGACCCCACACCAGCCGUAACAUCUGUGACAGAGGCAGCGGAGGUGGACGAGGCGCGGCGUCUUCUUCCGCACUUUGAGCCGUUCUUCACGAGCGAGAGCAGAGUGAUUCCCAACGGUGCGCUGCUGUACACGGUGCAGACCUUCCGCUUUCCCACACCGCGUGGGCCGCGCAGCAUCACCCGCGCCCUUGUGGAGACGCCUGCUAAAUAUUUCUCCCCGCUGCAGGAGGAGAAGGGUGGUGGUCACUUUCUCUGCUGCUACGAGGAUCGGCGGCUGUUGCGCCACUUCACCUACGUGCAGCUGGACCAACUGCGCUUUGCGUGGGUGGCGGUGAAGGAGCUCCUGGAGGAGCACAAGGCGGUGCAGCGGACAGACGGCGCACUCACGGGUCUUGCGCGGCGUGACAUCAAAAAAAACAACAGCGCAUCGGCCCAAGACACGGACGGUGUUGCCGGUGGCGGAAGCGGCACUAGCAGCAAGAAUCCUGUCUCGGUUUAUCCUUCCACGUCGUCUACUGCUGCUGCUGCUGCUCUGCCAGCGCCGAUAGCAAAGCGGCCACACCCCAGCAGCAACGUCAUCACGGGUCCGACCGCGGAGGCGCGUAAGACACGUGAGGAGAUGCGUGAGAAAAAAUACAUGAGUGACCUGCUGCGCGACGAGUGUGCUGCGCGGUGGCCGCACACCCCUGUGCACAAAUCCGUUAUCUUUGUGGUGGAGGAGCAGCAGCAGGAGGCGGUGGGCGGCCGCAAGGGCCGUAAGGGGCCGCGUACCUACCUGGCGACGGUGGAGCUGCCGCUUCUCAACAAGAAGGGCGGCACCGCGGCGUUCAGGGCGCCACAGUGGUGCACAACGCGCCGCGACGCUGAGAACGCUGCGGCGGAAGUGGCACUGCGCGCCCUCCGCAGUAGUAAAUCGUAA